AUGAGCGCCAAUUUCCAGAGGCUCCAGGCGCUCCAUCGUGCCUGCCAGGACAAGGUGACCUCCCGGACGGCAGCCGUGGACAGGGCCGAAGCAGACUUUCAGGAGCGCGUCGCUCAAAUGCAAGUCUGGUUCGGUGAGCCCCGGCAGGAACUGAAGGAUGCCCAGGAUCAGCUGGACGAGCGCAAGCGAGAGCUCCUCCUGAAGCAAGCUGAUGUCGAGAAGGCCCAGGAGGCGGCGAAGAAACAGGCCGACAAGGACGAAGCUGAUCGGCGGCAGCAGCAGGCCUUGCUGGACACCCAGGAGGAAGACCUUGUUGCCCAUGAGCAGGCGCUUGCCGCCACGCUUCACGGAAAGGACGAGGAGGUGGAGAAGCUGGAGCUGGAGCGGGAGCAGCUAAAGGAGGAGGUCUCAAAGCUGACGGAGGACAGGGACACGGCUAACCGCACUUCGGCGGAUUUGCAGGUCACCAUCUCCGACAAGACCAAGCUGCUCUCCGAGGCCAACAAUUCCAUCAGCAAUCUGAAGCUGGACACCUUGGAAGGGGCGCUUUUGGAGGGCAAGGCCCGUGACGAGACCCCGAACAAGGCUCUUGAGGACAAGAUGUAG